UGUCUACGAAAAAAAACACUACGUUUUGGUUUACAUGUAAACAUUGUUAUUUGUUGGUUUCGCGGUUUUUACCUUUCAUUUAUAGUAAACUAGUCUAUACCUUUCGAAGACAUGAAUGAGAAUAUAGAAUAUUACAAAAAUCAGAUUGGAUUGGCGAGAUCUGAAAUAAAAAAUUUAAGAAACCAGUUAAUGGCACUGAAACAUGAACAUUUGAAGGAAAUUAAAUUAAUUAAAUCAACACUAAGUGGAUUACAAUGCAAUGAAUGUACUAAAACAGCUGAAACAGUUGCAAACCACCAAAAUACUAAUGCCCCUACCACAUCUUAUGAAGUAGAACAUAUAUCAUAUAAACCAAUCGGAGUUAUAGAAACUAGUUUUCAAAAUAAACGGGCAGUACCUCGUCAAACUUCUAUUCUGGGAAAUGCCAGGGGAACUAUUGUUAUUGAUACCAGUGUUUUUAAUAAUCCUGAACAUGCAUUAAGUGGCUUAGAUGAAUUCUCACACAUUUGGAUAAUCUUUCAUUUUCAUGCAACAGAAAGUACUAAUAUUCCAGCAAAGGUAUCACCUCCCCGUCUCAGGGGUGACCGACGAGGUGUGUUUUCCACCAGAUCACCUCAUAGACCCUGUCCUAUCGGGUUAUCACUUGUAAAAAUUCACAGUAUACAAGGUAAUAAGAUCAGCUUUUUGGGAGUAGAUAUGGUGAAUGGUACUCCAGUUCUGGACAUCAAACCAUAUAUUCCACAGUAUGAUUAUCCAUUGAUAGCAUUUGAUGGUAAUAUGUCAUCAUUGGUUAGGCCACCAACUGAAGGUAUCAGUGAUGUCGGGGAAAGGAUGGACAAUUUGCAAAUAGAAGAUGACUCCCAUGAAAGCUCAAAUCCUUGCAUUGUGAAUCAAAAUGACAUCGAAACUACUUCUUCAUUACCUCGUUCACCUGUUGAAGGCGACGUAAUUUCUGCUGAUAAUGACAAUAGUAAUUUACUGACGCCCGUAUCUGAUUCCCCGGAUUCACCGCCCAGUACAGAUUUAUUGGAUGGACCGACUUUCGGUGAAUCCCCUAUUAGAAGACCGGAUACUGAACGAGGAGCUCCCGAUGGACAAGAAAGGUUUACGCCCCCACAGUCUGCUCAUGUUCUAAACUUGGCCCAUGAUGGAGUAAGAGUGGCACCUUGGAUUUCUGACCCACCCUCACAGUCUUAUGAUGUUAGAUUCACGGAAGAUGCUCUUGCAAGGCUUAACGUCUUAAUUGGAAACAGAGCACAUGCAUUUAAAUCGAACAUUGAGAUGUUACUUUCUGAAGACCCUAGAUCACAUUAUGUGAGGAGUCGAUAUCCAGAUCACGAGUAUAGUUGUGUUUUAGAAGAUUUAUCCAUCAGUUGUGUUUUCGAUACUAACUCUUCAGUGUGUACGAUUGUAGCAGUGAGGAGCGCCGAGGAAUUACAGAAUUAAGACUUUCUUUUUAAAAUUGUUUAUUAUUUCUUUGUACUAGUAUAACGUAAAUAAUUAAUAAGUUAUAGAUGCACUUUAAUAUAAUUUGUUAGCACAUUUAAUUGGUUUAUCAUUACAAGAUUAUUCAAGACACCAUACUUGUACGACUAAUUCUUAAGGUUAUCACUCGCUUUGUUAAACUAGCGCUGCGCAUUUUUCAGGAGCCGUAUCAUAAGCUCUAAAAUGUGAUACGAACUUCUAAUCCCGGUUAGUUAAU